GAUAUGGUACAAUAUAAGCAGAAAAAGCAAAAAUCUUACAAAUAAAUCACAUUUAAGUGUGUUGACUCACAAAUUUUUUUAGUAAACUUGUAAUUCUAGACAAGCACUGUGGCAAGUUUAUUAAUAUUAUCAUUUGCUAAUUUAGGGAAGGGAAAAGAGCCAAAUAUACCAGAAAUGAAUUGUUGCAAAAUGGUAAAUUUUUAAUAUGAUGAAACACAAAAAGAAACUAAUAAUCAAAAGACAAUGAAAUGUCAAUUUCUUAGUUUUAAUAAUGUUUUAUAGAUAUAUAAGAUGCUGCCAAUUGGGGAAACUGGAUAAAGAGUAAACAGGACUUUUCUGUAUUAUUUUUGUAACUUCUUGUGAGUCUAUAACUCCCCUCCUCACCAAAAAAAGGAAAGCAGUAAAAAGUAGUAAAUCUAGAUAAGAAAGUAUUUUUAGAAACAGAACUUAAAGCAUAUACCCGUAAGCAAAGACAGUUGCUUUGCUAGGUUUCCACAGGUUUGUAAGGAGUUAACAAAAAAUUUAAAAAUGCUUCCAAAGUGUGCUUACAUAUACACACUUUACUAAUAAAAAGAUUGGGCUCUGGAAAGUAGCGUCCUAUUUUUAAUGUUUGAACUAAUGUUUUCCAGAGAGUUGCAUAGAGUGAAACAUAGCAUUGUUUGCGAAAGACAAUUUUCUGAAAACCGCAAAAAUGAGUGUCUGCUCUUGAGAAAGGAAAACUUUUAUUUCUUGACAUCAUCAAAGAAAAAUGUGAAGGAUUUUAUAUGAAAUGAACAAAAAUGUACAAAUCCUACCACCUCAUUGCUCAAAAAAAUUUUCUCCUUCAUCUAUUAAUAUGUCCCUAAAGAAGCUAGCUCACACAGACCUGGGGGCAUUCACAUGUCAGAAUAUUCCAUAAAGAUCUGGGAACACAUAUUUUUGGUGGGAAGAAUGCGCAGGGAAAGACUGCUUGUGAAACAGUUCAGAGUGAUGCAUUUAGUAAGGAUCCCCUUGCAAUAACAAAAUGUUAGCAUCAGAACAUUCUUGGGAGCCUUCAAAAGACACAUGACAUCAGGAACUCUUAAAACAAGUGAAAUUUUUUUGGGGGGGUAACAGAUGGCAAAUAUUCUACUGUGCGAGAACUAAAAACACAGAGAAUUUCCAAAAUUGCCUUAUGGCACUCUACCUUAAAGUAUACUUUCCUAAUAAAAUUACUAGAGCAACAUAGACAUUUGCUUGGCUGGAUGCUUCAUUUAUAUUUUCCUCUUAAACAUUAAAAUUACAGCAAUGCGGCAUAAAAUAAAAGGAGAACUAGGGCCAGAAAGACGAGAGUUUCAAAUUCAGUUUCAAAUUUCAGACUCUCUCAGCUACUAGUUUUGUUACCUUAGACAAAUCAUUAUUUCUCUGAAUCUCAAUGACUUUGUUACUAAAAUGGGUAUAACAAUCCCCAUAUCUCAAGGUUGGUCCUAGAAUUGAAAGGGAUCAUAUAUUUAAGAGUUUAGUAGAAUGUUGUGCAAAUACUGUGUGAGCUCCCUCCCACUUUUCCCAGAAGACACAGCAAGGCCUUUCUUUCUCUGUUUGGUAUGAGGUGAAACAUGUGGCUAAGGAGUAAAAUUUUUAAAAGCAAGAGAAUCUAAUCCUAAAUACACACACACACACACACACACAUUUAUUUGUAGUUAUUUAUUUGGCUGCACCAGGUCGUAGCUGUGGCUGGAAGGAUCUUUUUCCUUGUUGUCGGUGAUAUGCCCCAUCUUUUAGUUGUGGCAUGUGGGAUCUAUUAAUAGUUCCCCAACCAUGGAUCUGAACCCCAGACCCCCUGCGUUGGGAGCACAGAGUCUUAACCACUGGACCACCACGGAAGUCCCUUCCAAUCCUAAUAUCAUUCCAGUCUUUCCAUUAAUUAUGCAGUCACAUAAACUAAUACUUAAUAAACAUUAUUGGUAUUAUUCGGGAACCUGAAUAGGUUGUCUCUUGCAAGUCUGCUUUUUAGUUUAUCUUUGAGCAAAACACGUCAUUAAUCCUUUUUUUCAGAUCGUAACAGUGUGAUCUUUUGGGGAUAUUAAGCACCUCUUGAUCCCAGGUAAAAACAAGUUUCAAUAUUUGUUCACAGGUCUUGAGAAAAACAGCGACAUGGAAAGAGAAAGAGCGCGAGGUUGGAGACUGCCUUUCCAAGGCUGAUGGUAUUAUAAUCCUCCGGCCAUGGAGCCACCUGUUGGUGUCUCUCUGCCCGGAGACCACAGUUCCGUAAGCCACGCCUCCCUCGCAGUGCCGCACUCCCGCCCUCAUGAACUCGAAAAGGGCUGAAAACAGUGAAGUCACAUUUCAUUGUUUAAAGACUAUUUAGAAGACAAGAUGGGGACUCCUGGUUCUGGAAGGAAAAGGACACCUGUGAAAGACCGAUUUUCUGCAGAAGAUGAAGCUUUGAGUAGCAUUGCCAGAGAGGCAGAGGCAAGACUGGCAGCAAAACGGGCAGCCCGGGCCGAAGCAAGAGAUAUCCGCAUGAGAGAACUGGAGCGGCAGCAGAAAGAGCACUCUCAUCAUUCCUUUGAUCGGAAAUGGGGACAGAUUCAGAAGUGGCUGGAAGAGUCGGAAAGGGCCAGGCAUUCCCCCAGAUCCAGCCAUCAUCGUCCUUCUCCGGGAGUUGAGGAUGCACUGUCCAUUCGAAGUCUUGGCAGUCACAGGUAUGGUGCUCUUAAGGAUAGAUCAUCAAGACUUCCAUCAUUAAGUCAUUCUUACAGUCACUCUUAUGGAAUGAAGAAGCGAUCUUCUGGUUCUCAUAAAGACCCACUGAGUGGCCUCUACUUUGACCAAAGAAACUAUAGCAGUCUUAGACAUAGCAAACCCACCUCUGCCUACUGUUCUCGGCAGUCUUCCUCCUUGUACAGCGACCCUCUGGCAACAUCCAAGAGCUACAGGGCCUCCUCCACUGUAAAUUCUGGUCUGCUGAGAAGUGCCAGUCUGGUGUCACUGUAUAACGGUGGAUUAUAUAACCCUUACGGUUCUCGAGCUCCAUCUGAAUACAGUUUUCACUCAUCGAGAACGAGUUCAUCCCGAAGCAGUCCUGUGUUUAUCGACGAUGACACUGCAAGCAUUGCAUCUUCUGGUUGUGCCAGCCGUGGGCGAAGGGACAGCGUGGUUUCUGCUGCUGAUUAUUUUAGUCGCUCCAAUCGUAGGGGGAGCGUCGUCUCCGACGUGGAUGACGUGAGCAUCCCAGAUCUGACCAGCUUGGAUGAAAAAUCUGAUAAACAGUAUGCUGAAAAUUACACAAGGCCUUCAUCUCGAAAUUCUGCCUCAGCAACAACCCCUCUAAGUGGAAACUCAUCCAGGCGAGGAAGCGGGGAUACCAGCAGCUUAAUAGACCCAGACACCUCAUUAAGUGAAUUGCGGGAUAUCUAUGACCUUAAGGACCAGAUUCAGGAUGUAGAAGGGAGAUACAUGCAGGGGCUUAAAGAACUGAAGGAGUCUUUGUCUGAAGUGGAAGAAAAAUACAAGAAAGCCAUGGUUUCCAAUGCACAGUUAGACAAUGAGAAGAACAAUUUGAUAUACCAAGUAGAUACCCUCAAGGAUGUUAUUGAAGAGCAGGAGGAACAGAUGGCAGAAUUUUAUAGAGAAAAUGAAGAAAAAUCAAAGGAGUUAGAAAGGCAGAAACAUAUGUGUAGCGUGCUACAGCACAAGAUGGAUGAGCUUAAAGAAGGCCUCCGACAAAGAGAUGAGCUAAUUGAGGAGAAGCAGCAUAUGCAGCAGAAAAUAGACACCAUGACAAAAGAGGUGUUCGAACUCCAGGAGACGCUGCUUUGGAAAGAUAAGAGCAUUAGGGCCCUUGAGAAACUGAGAGAACACGUGAGCUGCCUCAGGAGCGAGCGGGCCGCGCUCCGGGAGGAGCUGGCCACCCUGAAGGCAGCGGCGGAGGCGGGAGAGAAACAUGGCCUCGUCAUCAUCCCCGACGGCACGCCCAACGGCGACGUCCACCAGGAGCCCGCGGUCGGGGCCAUCACCGUGGUGUCUCAGGAGGCCGCCCAGGUCUUGGAGUCGGCGGGGGAAGGGCCGCUCGACGUAAGGCUACGAAAACUCGCUGGGGAAAAGGAAGAGCUACUAUCACAGAUUAGGAAACUGAAGCUGCAGUUGGAGGAGGAGCGGCAGAAGGGCUCCAGGAGCGACGGGGGCACAGCCGGCGACCUGGCGGAGCUACAGAACGGCUCAGACCUGCAGCUCAUCGAGAUGCAGAGAGAUGCCAACAGACAAAUUAGUGAAUACAAGUUCAAGCUUUCCAAAGCGGAACAGGAUAUAAUCACCUUGGAGCAGAGCAUCAACCGCCUGGAGGGGCAGGUGCUGAGAUACAAAACCGCUGCUGAGAAUGCGGAGAAAGUCGAGGAUGAACUGAAAGCAGAAAAGAGGAAGCUACAGAGAGAGCUCCGAACAGCACUGGACAAGAUCGAGGAGAUGGAGAUGACCAACAGCCACCUGGCCAAGCGGCUGGAGAAGAUGAAGGCCAACAGAACGGCCCUGCUGGCCCAGCAGUAGGGCCCCGCCCGCCCACCAGCGCGGACCCCUUUCAGGACUGUCGGGCUUUGUCAUUCAGAUAGCCACUUUGUAUUUUAUAAUUUAUGAGAGAAUGAAACAGGUCUGAAUCUUCAUGAAUGAACAUUUGUGUGUAGCUGAUUCUAGACUAAGAACUAGUCCAUGCCGUUACUUUUUAUUUCCGUAAUUUUAGAAUCAAGUUUACUCACCAUUUUUCCCCAGCCGCCUCAGUGACUGGGCCCGUUUCUGGAGGACAGCGGCUCAGCGCCCACUGAGAUACUUCCUGGAGACCUCAGAAACACAAGUGCCUUCUCCACGGUGCAAUUCAGACUACAGUGAUCUCCAGGGGCCAAGAGACACUUACCCUUACUAUCAGGUAGCGUUUCUAUUUAGUGAAGAAACAAGUUCACAGGUGGGGAAUAUAUGUUUCACUCAAAUUUGUAUGUUUGGAGGAAAAAGCCUUUUUUGUAAGAUAUUUAAAUUUAUAUAAGAAAAUGUUAGAAAAGGAUAUGGGGAGUGUAUAUAAAACUUGUUUUAUUGCAUGGGGCAGGGGCGCCCAGGGCCUGUUGCUCUUAAAGUAAGAGUAGGGUCCUUAGUCUUCACAUCAGCUGUGCUGUAUCUUGUAAAGUAUUUUCAUCUGCUGCUUAUUUGUGGAAUGAAACCUCAGACCAGCCCAAUGGAGAAGGGAGGGCAGGCCAGGCAGGUGGAGGUCAGCCUGAAGAGUCUGUUAAACACACCCUUCUGCUGACUACAAUUGGCUACCGACACAUUCAUUCUGUUAAGAGGAGCCUUUAAAACAAAUCAUGGCGCUCACGCUCCUCCUCUCUCCUUAAGGAAGAAUAAUCUGAAACACAGAAUUUAAGAACUUUGGUUUCAUCCUUAAAGGUACCCAGUUCCGAGGGUUUUGCCGUGGAGUGUGUAGCCAUGUUGCAGUAUUUGUGAUUCUCUGUUGUUCUCAGAAUCGAGGUGGUUUCAUGGAAGUGAUUAUUGUAUCUUCAACGUGUUUACACAAAAAAUACGGGGGAAGUCUAAUGAAUUAAGGCCACAUAAGAUAAAAUUAGACAUGAAACUAGAUAAUAAAGUUAACUUAAAUAUGAAUAAAAUCUCUAAAAAUUA